AUGAGCGACAAAAUCGUUACUUUCAGUGGCCAUCGAGCUUUAGCUCUUCCAGAGAUCGUAAGUGAAAUCCUCGUUUGGACCAAAGACACAUGGAAUGGCCCACGUUGGGUAUUGAAUUGCGCCUUGGUGAAUAAGACGUGGUUCCAUGAAGCCAUACGUAUAUUAUGGGGCUCCAUCGAAAUAUCAGGUGGGAUGCACCUCGACGAGGUCAUGAUAAAAGUCUCCCCGGACCGACGCCAGAUGUAUGCCGACCUUGUGAAGGCUGCAACUGUGAAAACAUACAGCCAGAAGACUGAAGCAGUGGUACAGCCAGCUCUGGAAAAUUUGGUCUUCCCAAAUUUACGCACUUUGUACCUUGCUCUAGUCUUUCGCGGCUGGAGCACCGAAGAGAGUAUCCGUGCCCCAGCUUUGAAUAUACCAAAUCUCCGGACACUUUAUAUCGAACGUUGGCAUGCGCCCAUCCAACUAUUUCCUCACCACUGGGACUAUCUUACUGGUCGGAUUCCGAAGCUUUUCCCAAGGUUGUUGAAUCUUCGAGUUGAGAUACCAACCAUUAUUUAUAUUGCGGGCUUUGAGGCUCUAUCUGAAAAGUUGCCAAACUUGGAAUCUAUCGAGUUUGAGAAAAUCAUGUCCCUGUCGGAGGUGGAUGAGGAUGAGGAUUUAUUUAGUGAUUAUUCGGAUGGGGAGGACACGGAGGAGGACACAGAGGAGGACACGGAUGAGGAUUCGGGUGAGGAUUCGGGUGAGGAUUCGGAUGAGGAGGAUUCGAAUCACGAGAAUAUGGAUACGGAGGAAGCGACCCCAGAGUCCACCUACAGUGGGCUUACCCACAGUGAGCACACAUACAGCACGGAUACCUCCAGCGAGUACACCUACAGCGAGUCUAUCUACAACGAGUACAUCCUUGGCGAUGAUGCGGAUGACGAAAACGGGGAUGACGAGGAUAUUACUAGCGAGUAUGCAUAUAGCGAGGAUAUGGGUGAGGAGUGA